GUAGUUUAUGUCGUUACUAGGCAGCGAUAACGGUGCUCGUUUGCUGAGUAUUGAGAGAAACACUUUUUGCUCGGAAGAUUACAAAGUUGGGCCCAAGUGAUACGAGCGCAGGAAUACAUACAUUGUAGUAAGUCAGCCGGCUAUAAUACAAACUAGACCGCAACAACAGUGGUCAUAGUCAGGUUGCUUUCUGCAUUAACGAGCUACUGUAAAGAAAACUAUCAUCGCCACCUCUCCAUGGCCUCCUCAAGUGACAUUCGAGAAAAACUGCGAAAAAAGCGUCGUGCUUUGCAGGAAACACUGAUAAACACGGUAUCUCGUCGCUGUGCCUGUGGACUGGCGGUAGCCCUGUAGGGUUCAUCCAGCACAGACUGAACAUUGAACAACCUCCCUGACAAGACCCAACAUGACUCGAAGGGUUGGCUCACACUCAGAAACACACAGGGACACAGAUAAAAGAGCUGCUAACACUUUAGUAAAUCUAACUAUACUCGACAGGCUCUGGUUCCUUCUACCAAAAUGAGUAAGGGGAAACUACAAACUGCAAUGAAGGAAUCUCAAAGCAGUGAAGAAGACCCAGGAGAGACACUGAAACGCACAUUAAAGGAUCAGAGACAGAGGCGGAAGAAAAGGCUGUUUGAACAGGAGACCCAUGAUGAUGAUGAUGAUGAUGAUGAUGUGGAGGAGAUCUCCACCGUUCAGCACCACAGUGAAGACGAGGGAUCAGCUGAGAAGGCAGCAGACCCUGUAGUUUUGUCAAGACCUCAGACUAGUUCUCUGAGAGGUCUGUCCUCGAGAAUUCAGCAUACCUCUGGCUCUCAGCAUUUAGACGACUUUGUCACACGGCGCUUGGAAGAGAAACUGAGAGCAGCCAGAUCUAAAGGUGAGAGCCUUCAGCAGCAGGAGGCCUCUCUCGAGUCAGCCAGUCGCCUACAGAGCCUCCGAGACAGAGACACUGUAACAAGGUUUGACCGAGAGGUUGAUCCAGACAGAGCCGGAAGACAUGAUGUCCCUCUGGCCCUCAGCACCAGGGUCAAGUUCAGAGAAGCAGCAAGACGAGCAGGAAAAGGCCUACCAACUGCAGAGGAGGCAUACAAUUUCUUCACAUUCAACUUUGAACCAGAACCACAAGAUGAGAGUGAGAAGAUUAGCAGGAAAAGACAAAAAAAGAAAAAAGCAGCUGAGGAAGACAGAGAUGAAGAAGGAGGAGAAGGUGUUGAAGAGCAGGAAGAUGCUGAAGUACAUGAAGAUAAUCAGGAUGAAAAUGAAGACCAGAGUGAAGAAGCUCCUCUAGUGCGUGAUGAAGAGGAGGAUUUGUUUGUCAUUGAACAAUCGUCCCAGGACUUCCUCGAAGUGAAGAAAGCUGAGUAUAUUGGGUACAGAAAACGUGUUCAGCAAGAAAGUGAGCUCCUCUUCACGCCAAGUUUUCGAACAGUUCCAACCUCUAUUAAACUGCCUGAAAACAUGAAGCCUCGUUAUCUGGAGGACGAGGGUCUGUAUGUAGGGGAGAGGCCACCUAUAUCACUGACCAAUGAGAACAUUCUGGAGAACCGCAUUUUGAAGAUGGAGGAGGGAAAGAAGUGGUUUGGAGAUGACGGCAGGAUCAUGGCUCUGCCUGACCCCAUAAAGGAGUCAUCCACUAGGCCCCCACUCUUCCACAUGGAGGAGGACCUGGACGCUGCACUGCAGACUGUGUACAGGAAGGCGCUGAAGUCCAAGUAUGCAAAUCUGUAUAUCGCUGGUGCAGCGGACCCUGAGGGAGACUACCAGCUUGAUGUCGAUGUCUCUGGGCUGAUCUUCUCCCAUCACCCACUCUUUAGUCGCGAACAUGUCCUGGGGGCCCGUCUAGCUCAGCUGUAUGAUCAGCACCUCACCAGGCAGCACAAUAAUCUUACAGGACACCUUACUGACAAGUUGAAUGGAUUGAGGAGUGCACUGCGGAAUAUGCUUGACAUCCAUAGCGGGCAAAGCCUCACCCAAGCCAUGCAACAGAGGAUAUCUGAGUACAGUUUGGAGGUUCGGAACACUCGACAGCUGCGAGACAGUGAGCAGGAGAAAGACAGGACUCUGCUGAAGAACAUAGUUAAAGUGUGGAAGGAGAUCAAGGCCCUGAGAGACUUUCAGAAGUUUACCAACACACCCUAUAAACUCUACCUGAGAAGAGAGAAUGUGGACCGGUCGUCAGAUGAGCGAGAGUACGAGGAUGAAAUCUUGGCAGAGGUUGUGGAAUUGGAGGCAGAGAGCGAGGAGGACUACCAGAGAAAGUUUGCAGAGUACAAGAAACAGCUGGAGGAGUGGAAGCUCUGGAGAAGGAAACAGAAAACCAAGAAGAAGAAGAGAAAAAAGAAGAAGAAAGGCCAGGCACAGGAUGACACUGAAGAAGAAGAUGAAGACCAGGAGGGGAGCGAAUCAGAAGGACCCGUUGAAGAAGGCCCCCCAAAGCCAGAGCCUCCAGAGAAGCCAGAUUUUGAUUCUAUAGAGCAGCAGGUCAGAGAGAAAGCCUCGAGGAUACGCAGGAAACCAGGAGAGGCCAUCUUGAUUCCUGAGCUGUCUGCAUCCGGAAACAUCACCGCCAGUGAACUCUGCCCCAGGGCUGAAAUAGCUCGAAGAGAGGACGUUUCAAGGCGUUCUCUUUUCAUCAAGAUCCUAUACAAUGACAAAGAAGUUUCACGAACGGACAGCCGCUCCCUGAACACUGAUUUCAGAGUGCACUUUGGCCAGAUUUUCAAUCUCAAGAUAGUUAACUGUCCACAGAGCAUCAAUUUACAGGUGUUUGAGGAGAUUGGCUCAUCAUGCUCCCUCCUGGCUCAAGUGUUUGUUCCAGUGCCAGAGCCCUCAGUCGUGAUGGGCAACAUCCCUCUGGAGGAAUUUGAGUUCAGCAGCAAUCAGAGAGUGAUGUUUGACCACGAGGGCGUAGGAAGUGACGUGCCUCUCUCCUUCGAGGCGGAUGGAAGUAACAAACAGACCCUGUUGACCUCUGGGAAGCUGUCGUGCUGUGUUUCUUGGGGGAUUGGGGAGGAUGAUGUACCACUCGCCCCUCCUGUGUCUCAACAACCUGUCGGCAUACACAGUGGCUUGGGUCGUCUUGAUGCUGUCACAUACAUUGGGGCAUCUGGACUAUAUGACAUGAAAAAAAUUGGAGAGUGGGCGACACAGUCACGACUAGACCCCAACGAUCCAAAAAAUGCCUCCAUCAUGCAGCUGCUAAAAGUGGCCAGUAGUGGAGAGGUAACGGCUCCAGAGUACUUCCGUCUAGAACAGCUGCAAGAGGAGUUCAACUUUGUGACUGAUGAAGAGUUGGAGAGGUCCAAAAGAUUUCGCCUGCUCAGGCUCAGGAACCAGGAAGUUGCAGAGUUUCGAAAUUACAAAGGUGUUCCUGCUCUGGAGAGGGAGGUCACUGAUAAGGUGUUCCAGGACUAUGAGAAGAGGCUGAAAGAAGGAGAGAUAAUUGACACUAAAGAACAUCUGGAUUCACACCGAGCCUUAGUAGCCAAAUACCUUCAGAAGAUCCGAGAAUCAGUCAUCAACAGAUUUAUCCUCGCCAAGCAUCACUACCUUCUGUCCGACUUGGUGGUAGAGGAGGAGAUACCAAGCAUCGGGAUUCUGGGAAUAAACCUUUUCAAGCUGGCUGAACCCAAGCGGCCGCUGAAGCCUCAGAGGAAAGAGAGAAAGAAGGUGACGGCUCAGAAUCUGUCUGACGGAGACAUUAAGCUGCUGAUCAACAUAAUCCGGGCCUUUGAGGUCCCCGUUCGCAGGCCGCAGACUAAUAAACCAGGACAGUCAUCUCAGAGUGCCAUCCAGGGCAGUGACUGGCUCCUCGGCCAGGUACAAGUGAGGCCCUUUGUGGAGGUUUCCUUCCAACGCACAGUGCUUCAAACAACCACAGCUGACGGACCAAACCCCUGCUGGAACGAGGAGCUGCAACUACCAUUUAGUGCCCCAAAUGGUGACUACAGUGCUGCUAGCUUGCAAUCAGUCAAAGAUGAAGUCUUCAUCAACAUAUUUGACGAGGUGGUUUAUGAAACUGGAGUGACUGACAAAGACAAAGGGAAAUCAGUACACACCCGAGUAGAGAAGCACUGGUUGGGCUCUGUCAAGAUUCCUUUCAGCACCAUUUAUUCUCAGUCACGGAUUGAUGGAACAUUCAAGGUGAAUACACCAGCGGUGUUGCUGGGGUACAGCAAGGAGCUUAGCCACGGCACUAAUGGUGGUUAUGAUACUUUGCGGAGUCUGAGUGAGGGAGUAUUUAUCACACUCUUCAUCACCAUUGAUCCGCAGCUGGUGCCUGGAGAGUCUAUUAGGGAAAAGAUAAAGGAAUUGAAGUUUGACAGCCAGGAGGAUGAGCAUUUGCUGCAGGCUUCAGAGAGAUUUGAAAGGGAUGCCGCACAGGCUUACCCGGACCGACCCUGCAUUACCACAAUCAUAGACCUCAACGGGAAGACGGUCUUCAUCACACGUUACAUUCGACCACUCAACCCCCCACAGGAGUUGCUGGAUGCAUUCCCCAAUAACCCCCAGGAGACCACGGCCCUGGUUGCCCGAUUCGUCUCGCUCAUCCCUUCUCUGCCUGACAGAGUUUCCUUUUCUGGUGCCUGUGACCUGUGGAGCACCUGUGAUCAAUUCCUCACCCUCCUGGCAGGAGAUGAAGAAGAACAUGCUGUACUGUUGUGUAACUACUUCCUAUCUAUGGGAAAGAAAGCCUGGCUUAUAAUUGGAACUGCUAUACCAGAGGGACCAACAGCGUAUGUCUUGACUUGUGAGCAGAACCAUAACUACCUUAUCUGGAAUCCCAGCAGUGGUCAGUGCUAUGGACAGCACGAGACCUUCUGCCCACUGCAAACAGUUGGUUCCCUGGUCAAUGCUGACAAUGUGUGGUUCAACAUCCAAGAAUAUACGUCCCCAAUGACGAUGAGUUUUGACGUCACAAAAACCAAUUUGUGGAAGCCGUUUUUCUCCCGAACCUUCUCUCACCCUGGGCUGUCAAGUGUGCAACCGGACGAGCUGGUAUAUCGGCGCACAGAUAAAGCAGCUGCAGCUGAGCUUCAGGACAGAAUUGAGAAGAUCCUGAAGGAGAAGAUCAUGGAGUGGCGCCCUCGUCACCCAACCCGCUGGAACCGCUACUGCACCACCACCCUGAAACAAUUCCUGCCCAAACUGGAGCUGAGCGGGGGGCGGGACAUGGCUGAGGGGCACCGCCACGAAUUGCAGAGCCUGCUGGGAGACAACAGGAUUUCAGGAUUCCCGCUGCACAUGCCCUUCUCUGAGAUCCGGCCCAUCAUAGAGGCAGUGUACAGCACCGGAGUUCACCAUGUUCAGGCGUCAAAUGUGGAGUUUGCACUGGCCGUGUAUGUGCACCCCUACCCUAAUAAUGUCCUGUCUGUGUGGGUGUACCUGGCCUCACUUGUGCGCACAUAAUACAGUCUCACAGUGUAUCAUUGCUUUUUAUAAAUGAGCUUUAGCUUUAUUUAAGCUUAUUUAUGUAAUUACUCACACAUUUUGUACCCUUCUGUAUAUAGUUUAUAUCAGGUUAACCUUGAUAAACAGCUACCAGUUUGAUAUAUGUACAUUAAAUCCAAUACAGUGCAAUAA